UAAACUCUGAAAACCCACCACAAGAGAGGAUCAUGCUGCUGUCUCCGCAGGCAGAGAGGAACUGGGAGGGUAUCUGUGAGGUGCUUGAAGACGUGCUGGACGAUCAGUCUCACAAGCAGUUAUUUGCUUUAGAGAUCGGCUCCGGAACAGGACAGCAUGUCAUUCGGUUUGCACAGAAGCUACCUUUCGUUACCUGGCAGCCAUCGGACAUCAAAGAGGAGUGCAGAGACAGCAUAAAGGCAUAUAUAGCUGCAACCCAUGUGAAAACUGUGCUGCAGCCAAUCCUGCUGGAUGCAAGCGAACCUUGGGACAAAUGGGCAGGUGUUUCUCGUAACUCCUGUGAUGUUAUUAUCGCCGUUAACCUACUGCAGUACAGCUCCUUCAAAACAGGACAGGGUGUAAUCAGUGGAGCAGGACAGAUCCUCAAACCAAAUGGCCUUUUGAUAACAUAUGGGGUCUAUGCCGUUAAUGGCAUCAUUACACCAAGCUGUAAUGAAGUUCUGGAUGAAGAACUGCGGAAACUGAAUCCAGAGUGGGGUCUACCAGACCUUGAUGUCCUGAGACAGCAGGCCUACGGAAACGGGUUGCGUUUGGAGAGAAUGGUUGAGAUGGAAGACUACUACAAAUGCCUCAUCUUUAGGAAACUCUGAAGAUUAUCCCUGUAGCCAGACAUUAUUUCACAAAUCCACAGGACAGAGGAGCACUAAAAACAAAUUCACAACCAAAUUUUGGAUGGAAUAUUAUUGUGGAAAUGGUCAAUUUACUUACAUAUGUUAUAAAUCUGAGAACAUUUUAUACAGUUUAGUUUGAUUGGAUGUACAUAAUCUACCAGCAUGUCAUUUCCUCUCAUCACUUCUG